UCCCGCCUCAGUCUCUGUGCUGAGCACUCUGCCCCCCACACAUCACAGACAUGAUAGGUUUGCUGUGAUCCGGUAUACAGGAGGGUAGUGUCCAUAUUGAAUUUACAGGGGGGGGGGGGAGGAAUUAGUCUGGUACAUUUCCACAGAGGAGAACAGGGAACACCUUCUUCACAUCUGCUAUUCUCAUUUACUUCUAUGGCAAAUGCUGCUCCUUCCUUCUACAGCCUUGGACUGAUCUUCAUGGGGACAAGAAAUCCUCUGCUCUUCACGGCUGCUCUCCCCAGGAGCAGAGAAAACCAACCAGACAGAACUGAGGAGGCUUAUAUCACUGAGCCGCCGACCUCAAGUCAACUCACCGCUCUUCCAGACAGGUUACAUGUCAAUCAAGGUGACAUGCACAAAAAUCCACCUAAACCACAGUAACCCUCUUCCGGAGUAUUUUGGUUACAUCCGAAGCAGCCAUGACCCAGCUCUUCUAGUCUCCCCACUGGUUGUGGCUGGGAUUGUAAUUGGACUGGUUCUUUUUCUUUCCUGUGUUACCAUCAUCAUUGGAAGCCUAAGGAAGGAUGGAGGAGACAGAAACUGGCGUCUUGAGAAUCCAAGUUAUGAUGGGAUCUCCUAUGCAACAUCUUCCUUCGGAGACUUGAGGUCUGUUUGUACAGGGGACAUGUCUCCAGCCUUAGAGUAUGGCUCAUACCUAGAGCUUAGCACUUCCUAUCCAGAUUAUCCACCAUGCUAUGAAGACUGUGUUGGGCCAGGAACCUCUGAAGUAUACCUCCCAGAAGAUGAUCCUCCACCGUACUCCUUAGAAGACCCACAUCUUAGAAGGGCAUUAUCACUUGGUGAAGAGAUGCCGCUGAGUUCACAAAGUAGCACAGAACAUGCCCAGGUCUCCUUGCCCUUGUCUACCAUUGACCUACAACCUUUUGUACCAGUCCAAACUAUGGCCAAGAGAAGUCUUCACCUCCCUAUAAUACCAAUGGACAUACUUAAAGACGUCUCGUCUCCAGGCAUCCUUGUGUCAGAAGGAAACGUGACCUGGCAAUAUGCUUAGUAGCGUUCUCUCUUGUCUGUUCCAUUGGGAGCAAGAAAUUGUCUUAAGCAUCAACUAUAUGUCAGUGUGACCUUGUGUUUGAUUGGAGAAGUGCAAUUAGUUUAUAUCUAGCAAUAAGCAAGUGCAAUAGUUUUAUAAGGAAAUGUUAUUACACCUUAAUGAGGGCUAAUAAGAACCGUAUCUGUCUCCUACUGCACCUACUACAUAUUCAUCGCAUACACCUAUACAGGCAACAUAUAUUCGUAUAUGGCCAUCUUAUAGUCAUACACAGCCAUCGUGUACAUGUACAGUCAUCCUAUACACCUACACAACCAUCAUAUACAUACAAAAAAAUCAUUCCAUACAGUCAUCAUAUACAUAUAUAUUCAUCCUAUACACCCAUACAGUCAUCAUAUACUGUACAUAUACAGUCAUGUCUUGUAUAUGGCCAUCUGAUGUCAUAAAUUAUAUGCAUAUAUAGUCAUCCUAUACACCUACACAGCCAUCAUAUACAUAUAUAGUCAUCCAAUACACCUAGACAACCCUCAUGUACACAUAUAAAAUCAUCUUCCAGGAGCAUAACUGUGAUUCACAGGGCCCCAUAGCAAAAUAAGAUGGGGCCCCAACCAACUAGUGUAAGAAAAUUAAAACAGUGACAUACGUAGAAAUAAUUAAAGGUAUGUAUAAUAGCACCAUAUAUUAAAAAACCCACAUUAUAGCAAAAAGCCACCAUAUUGUUAUUCCCUACAAAAAGGUACAAUGUUCCUGCACCCGAUAGGGCCCCCAACCUCUGUCUCCCAAAGCAAGUGCUAUGAUUAAUAUUGUUGUAGUUAUGCCCAUGUACUUACAGUCAUUGUAUACACCUACACAGCCAUCUUAUACACAUACACAGUCAUCAUUGUAAGAAGGUACCUGGAAUCAUCGUGGAUGGAAGGUAAGUGUCACCGAGGUUCCUGGCCUCGGUGAAGUAAGAGCCGGUAUUUCAUGUGUCAGCAGCAGCUAUUGCUAAUUGAC